AUGCUCGCUGCGCGGGGAGGACUCCAGGGCUUGUUCUUCCGGGCCCGAGAUCGCACGACCCUGGAGGUGUCUGACGAUGGCUCAGCGGUUCUGGAGGACAACUUCGUGCUGCUUUCUGGCGCCUUCACCGUCAGGAUCCGGUGGCGUGGCGCCGUGGUUUCCGAAGGGCGGGGUCCAGCGCAGCUGCGGUGGGUGUCGUCGCAGGCAGCCAUCUUCUGCGCAGUGUUCCCGACGCCAUACGUGGUUGACCGGCCCUCCGUGGCGGAGCGACUGCGAAAAGAUCCCUGGGAACUCCAGGCAAUGCUGCGAGCGCGAGUGCACGACCAGGAGCGACGGCUGAUGGUCCUGAACCGGGUGGGUCAGGGCUGCCUCGUUUUCAUGCAGGACGCAGAUGGCCGCCGGCAGUGCUGA